CCCAAAUCCCCUCAGUAGAACCUUUCUAACUCCCACACCAACAACCCGACCCGAAUCCCGCUUAGUCGUUUCAAAUUCAAGUAUAUAGACCACAGAGAUACAGAUUUUGGCAGAGCUAGCCACCAUGUUCAUCCGCGGAGAUGCGCCGCGCACUUGCCGGGGCAAGGUUCCCCAGAUCCCCAGCUCCAUGACGCCCUACGUGGCGGCGGUGAAGCGCGGACCCUACACGAUGACCCAUCCGGUGUACAACACCCACAAUCCCAACCUGGUGGGCCUGGACGGCCAGGUGGAGGACUCGCGACCCAAGCACACCUUCAAUGUGAAGAAGCAGGAGCUGGAGCACAACUACCGCCACCACCAGCGCCUCAUCCCCGUGCCCACUGCGCGGAGGACGAUGCCCAGGACCCGAUCCCACAUGGUGAUGAACGAGCAGCGGGAGCUGUACCGCCAGCACCGCGAUCGCAUGUCCAACAUCAAGGGCAAGGUCAACACCUACCUUCCGCCCCCGAAGGUGCAGAUCGAGGGCAAUGGCAUGGAGCUGUCCUACAUGGAGAUGCUCACCGCCCUCUACAAGAAGAGCAACAACACGCUGCGGACCUUCACCAAGUCGCCGGAGCGCCUGGCGACUGGCCGGUGGCGGAAUGCCAACUUGGCGCGGGAGAAGGAGCGCCGGCAGCUGGAGAAGAACAAGGAGUUCCACAAGGGAGGCGGGCUCUUCGACCCGGACGCGGGCAAGUCGAAGCGGUACAAGCCCAAGUCCUCGGAGUCCUUCAGCUGCGAGAUUCCCAUGCACGUGCUCCAUCGCUACGAGAACCUGAUGGACCAGUGCGACGUGGGCGUUCUGUGCAAGCUGCUGCGUCCGCAGAUCUACCUGGACUUGGAGGUGCGGGAAGCCCGCGUCCAGGGCAGGCUGGUCAUCCAGCUCUUCACCGAGGCCUGUCCGCAGGUGGUGCUGGAGUUCAUGAGGAUCUGCACCCAGAACAAGAGCGACGCCAUCGUGUUCACCCGUGCCCUGGCGCCCAUUUGGAUGGAGGGGCGCCUAGCCAUGGAGCCGCAGAGAGGCACCGAGCUGACCAACAUCGAGCACGACUUCGAGGUGCUGAACCACGGAGUGGAUGCCGGCAUCCUCUCCUUCCCCAGUCGCUAUGUGAGGGGAAGCGCCCGGACUGCCGUCAACUUCACCAUCAGCUUCAAGCCCCUGUCCAGUCUCAAUGGCAGGAGGAUCGCCUUCGGGAAGGUCCGCAAGGGCAUGCAGCUCCUGGAGAGGAUUCAGGGUGCCGUCGGACACCUGCCCAUGAGCCACCACAUGAUCUCGCUGACGGACUGUGGAGUGCUUUGAGGAGUGUCAAAUUUCUAAGUAGUAGAUAGUUGGAAUCUACUCAUUUGUCAAAAACAAAUAAAUGCUUAAUUUGUAUAA